AUGGGGUUCGCAAGAUUUUGGUUUGGUCGCCGCAAAAACUACUACUACUCUACUCGACAAGCCACCGAUUCUGUAUUUAAAAUUUUUUUCUAUAUAGGCCUACAGGCACCACAAAAAUGGAAAACACUCUAUUAUAUUUAUUCAGUACUAAUGAUUCUAAGUGUUUGUGUGCUUGUGCCCGUAUCCUUCUGUUUGAGUUACUUUUUCGAUCACAGCAAAAUGUCAGUAAUACAAUUGUUGACCUCACUUCAAGUGGCCAUAAAUGUGAUUGGUUUACCAGCGAAAGUUCUAGCAAUUUCAGUAUCUCUAAAACAAUUACGUCUAGCCUUGGAUGUUAUGGACACUUUGGAUAAACGCUGUCAACGUUCGGAUGAAAAGGCAAAGCUAAUUCAUUGCGCUAUGAUUGGUAAUCGUUUGACCACAUUUUAUAUAACACUCUAUUACAUAUAUGCUGUGGUUACUAUGUUGACAUCUGUUAUAAUGGGACAACCUCCUUAUUCUUUGUAUAUGCCUAAAUUGGAUUGGCGUAAUUCAAAGUUGACGUUCACCAUUCAAUCAUUUCUUGAAUAUAUGAUAAUGAAUGUAGUGUGUCUGCAUCAAGCAGGUAUUGAUGUUUAUACCGUUAUUUAUAUCUAUGUUAUACGUACUCAUAUGCAGAUACUGUUGGAACGUGUCAGCAGAUUGGGUACCGAUACAAAAGACUACGAAGAUUUGGUAAUGUGUAUCAAGGAUCAUCAGGAAUUGUUAAGAUUAGUAGCAAUCAUCAGUCCAGUCAUAUCGAAAACCAUUUUUACACAAUUUAUGAUUACCGCCGCCAUCUUAGGCACCACUUUAAUAAAUAUCUUUAUAUUCGCCGAUUUUUCUACAAAAAUUGCUAGUGUAGUUUAUUUCCUAGCAGUUCUAGUGCAAACAUCUCCCUGUUGCUAUCAGGCCACUUGUUUGCAGCACGACAGUGAGCAAUUAGCGCUGGCCAUUUUCCACUGUAAAUGGUUCAAUAAGGAUAUACGUUUUCGUAAAAUGAUGAUAUAUUUUAUGAUGCGUUCUCAGACUCCUAUAACUUUGACGGCUAUGAAAUUAUUUCCAAUAACAUUGAGAACUAGCUUGGGGAUAGCAAAAUUUUCAUUUUCAUUAUAUACAUUGAUCAAGGAAGUGGAUUUUGGUCAAAAUUUUAAACAAUAA